UACGUCCACCAGCAGCCAGCGCGCGCCCGAGAACCUCGUUCCCAUCGACGGAGAAGCAGGGCCAGGCCGGAGGCGGCAAUGGCGCGGCGGCGGGACGCGGAGGCGGAGCUGAGCCUGCCGCCGGGGUUCCGGUUCCACCCGACGGACGAGGAGCUGGUGGGGGACUACCUCUGCGCGCGCGCGGCCGGCCGGGCCCCGCCGGCGCACGUCAUCGCCGAGGUCGACCUGUACCGGCACGACCCGUGGGAGCUACCGGAGCGGGCGCUCUUCGGGGUGCGGGAGUGGUACUUCUUCACGCCGCGGGACCGCAAGUACCCCAACGGCUCCCGCCCUAGCAGGGCCGCCGGGGGCGGCUACUGGAAGGCCACCGGCGCCGACAAGCCCGUCGCGCGCGCCGGUAGGACUGUCGGGGUCAAGAAGUCGCUCGUCUUCUACCAUGGGAGGCCGGGGGCUGCGGUCAAGACCGACUGGAUCAUGCACGAGUACCGCCUCGCCGGCGCUGAGGGGCGCGCCGCGAAGAAGAGGGACGGCGCCUCGCUCAGGCUCGACGACUGGGUGCUCUGCCGCCUCUACGAUAAGAAGAACCAGUGGGAGAAGAUGCAGCAGCAGCUGCAGGAGGCGGCGGUCAAGGCUGCGGCGUCACGGUCGGUCUCGUGGGGCGAGAUGCAGACGCCGGAGUCCGAUGUCGACAACGAUGCGUUCCCGGAGUUGGAUUCGCUACCGCCGACACUCCAGACGACAAACGCGGCGAUGUUGCCGAAGGAGGAGGUGCAGGAGUUGGAGCUGGACACUGACGAGUGGCUCAUGGGGAUCAGCCUCGAUGACCUGCAGGGCCCAGGCUCCCUGAUGCUGCCCUGGGAUGACUCCUACGCCGCCUCUUUCCUGUCGCCAGUGGCCACGAUGAAGAUGGAGCAGGACAUCAGCCCGUUCCUGUUCUGAGCUAUUAAUUCUAUGUUUUCUGUUCUCUUACAGUAGCGCGGUUGUGUGCGGCCUAAUUAACUGUAGAUACUUCACAUUUGUUCAGGAUUUAGAUAAGCCAUUUGUUCAUGUUC